CAAGGGUCAACACCGACGACACUAUAUAUCACUCCGCCCACUCAGACGGGACGAAAAAACCUAUCUAUCUAACGAUGUCAUACUCCGGCGGGUCUUGUCAGAUUCCGGCCACCACCGAACCUUCACCCAAACCACCCGGAGAUCCUCUCCAGCAUCCUCCGGGAAGCGUCGGCGGCGGCGCAGACCCUAGUCUGCCGCUCCGCAACCUCUCUUCAGUCCGGGAGAGAAUGGACUCUCUCCAACGCUUCCUCUCCGAUUCGGUCACCAACAACACUCUGAUCGGCAAGGACCAGAUGGAGGUCGUCUCCGCCGAGAUCGCCGCCGCCAUCCAUCAGGUCGUCGUGAAUGGCGCCGCUCUCCUCGCGUGCUCUCAAUCCCAGGAGUUCGCUCCGAAAUCUGUCCCGAUUCCAAAACCCAGUUCAACGAUCGAGUCAAUGAAUCAGAAGAGUUCAACAAGCACGAACACAGAUCUGAAGUGUUCGAGCAGUUUCGGGAGUGAAUUUGCUGAGAUUCGGAUGAAGUCAACCAAUCAACCAGCGGAUCUGACGGUCGAAGCUAUGGAUGAAGAUAUGAUCGGGAGUGAAGAUUGGGAGAUCAUCGAGCUCGACGCAGUGGAGUUGCUAGCGGAGCACAUUCACUUCUGCGACAUAUGUGGCAAGGGGUUCAAGCGCGACGCGAAUCUGCGGAUGCACAUGAGAGCGCACGGGAACGAGUUCAAGACGCCGGCGGCGCUGGCCAAGCCGGAGAGGUCCGCCGCCGAGUCGCGACGGCGGAGGACGACGAGGUUUUCGUGCCCGUACCUGGGGUGUAACCGGAACAAAUCGCACAAGAAGUUCAGGCCGUUGAAGUCCGCCAUCUGCGUCAAGAAUCACUUCAAGAGGAGUCACUGCCCCAAGAUCUAUUCGUGCAAUGAAUGCAACAAGAAGAGCUUCUCGGUGGUUGCGGAUUUGAAGAGCCACUUGAAGCAUUGUGGGAAGUCCAAGUGGAGGUGCUCUUGUGGGACUAGCUUCUCCCGGAAGGACAAGUUGUUUGGUCACAUGGCGUUGUUCGAGGGUCAUAUGCCGGCGGUUGUGCCGGACGAGGAGGAGGAGAAGGCGGCAGCGGCGGCGGACGCCGCUGCCGCAGCCGCGGCCGCGGCCGCGGAGGACGAAGAGGGUGGAGUGAAGGGAAUGGAAUUGGGGGCGAAUAGUAUUGACAAUGGGUUCUUUGAAGGACUGAUUGAGGGUUUUGGUUCAAUUGAGAACUACUUCUUACAAGAUGAAUUGGGAUUCUCUAACGGUGGUGGUGGUGGUGGUGGUGGUGGUGGUGGUUUUGGUACUGAUAUGAAUGAGUUCUAUCAGUUUUGAAGCUGCCACCUUCAUAUGUAAGUAUCUGCUGUAGUGUUAUGUAGGGUAUAUAUGUAAUAUAUUCUUUCUAUGCACUAAUAAAAUUUUGACUCUUGUUGUUGAGAUUAGUAUGUUCUUUUGUUCAUCACAUCUAUUGUAUUGGUUGCUUUUCUAAUUCUCAAUAAAGGGCUUAUUUCAUUUUGUUGCCUAAA